UUACUGGUAAACAGAUGAUGUCAGUAAGUCAUGACGAUGGAUUAGUAGCCCAGUGAGGAUUAAGGAGGUCAAUCGGUGACUUAAGACGCAUCAGCCCCCUCUGGACACCACCAGAUCUUUCAGCUUCUCACCUCGUCCUGGGUGCGUGAGAGUCCGCCCGCCCUCCAAACACAGCCGAAUCCAGUAUCCACUGGGUGGACCUUGUUGCCGUUGGUUACCUCCAGACGUUUUUUAAACCCGGGAUCGAAAUGAGCAGUCUGGGGGACAUCCCUUUCAAGAUCCCCAGUGUUUCCAGGGAGACGCCUCAGCCCGUCAUGGCCCCCGAGUUCCCCAUCCCGGACUUCCUGCGGUUAAUGUGGGAGACUGAGUAUGAUUUCCACUUGGAGAACUGGGUCCUGGCCGGACUGGUAGGGGGGUCCCCCAGGCACCCCGAGGUGCAGCAGCCUGAUGCCCCAUUGGAGUUCACCUCAUCCUGCCCCCCUCAUUGGCUGAUGUUCAGCGGGGGUCCGGCUCCCUGUCUGGGGAGCCUCAGCUUGAACCCCAAGGUAACCACAGGUUCCCUGCCACCCAAGGUAAAGUUCGCCGUCUCCGUCUCUGACGGCAACAGGGACAGCUGCUCUGAGGAUGUUGAAGGUUCCUCCAAUGAAGACCCAACAAUGACUCUACCCACCUCUGGCCCAGUGCCAGUGCCCAGCUUGUCAGACAAUCACUGCCUCGGACAAUCAUCACUGCCUAGGGGCGUUGCACAGCACAGCGCCACCCACUGGCAUCUUAGCAGGCCGCUCUGUCUUGGUUCCCCUGGACCCUGUGCCUCAUCCACUUCAAGGGACCUAGCACCUUCGUCAACAGUCCAGACCUCCAGGUUGGAGCAGCACCAGACUGCAGUGCAGUCCCAAAGCCCCUACUCCAGUCAGCCCCACCCCCCCUCGGCAGGCCGACCUCUGGAUUCCCACACUUCCAUUGCGGACUCGUCGGCCGAGCUGCUGUCGGCCCUCAGCCAGGAGGAGCGCGAUCUGUUGGAGACCAUCACGGAGCAGGGAUACCCGCUGCGUACAGCCAUCAUUGCCCUGCAGAAGACAGGCUGGCAGAGCCCAGAUCAGGUGCUGAGAUACCUGCUGUCAUGUGACCGGCUGUGCGAACUGGGCCACGACAUGGCCGAGGUCCAAGAGGCUUUAGAGAUGUUCCAGAACUGCGAGACCAAGGCAGCUGAGUUCUUGCACCUCCUGGCCCAGUUCGACGAGAUGGGAUUCCAGCAGAACACCAUCAAGGAAGUGCUGCUGGUCCACGAGAACCACAGGGAGAGGGCCCUGGAGGAGCUGAUGAUGCGUGCUGCGUGAUAGGCCCAGCUGCUAUCCCAUGAUGCACUUAGAGCACUGUCACUAUAGACCCGUGUGACACAAUGCAUCGUCUAGGUUGCCCAUGAUAAAUUCCUCAAAGGGUGUUUCUCAGUUCUGUUCUUGAGUAUUGGAACUGGUCUUCGGUAAUGGAAGAUGACGUAAAAUGAGUACGCAAGAACACAAGUACAGUCAAGUACGCAUAUUGAGAAACACCCAGAAUGUGUCAGACUUUGGUCAGAUGUUCGUCCAUCCAUCCAUCCAUCCAUCUUCCAUACCCACUUGUCCUAUAUAGGGUCCUGGGGGGUCUGGAGUCACACUAUUCACACACUCAUUCACACCUACGGUCAAUUUUAGCAACUCUAAUCCACCUUAGUCUGUUUUUGGACUGUCGGGGGAAGCCAGAG